GUGGCGCCCUUGCCAAUGGGCGUGGUUUAAUUUAAUAAAGAUGGCGACAUCAAAUAAGUUUUGGAAACCAGGAGGAAGCCGACCCUCAGGACAAGUUGAAUUGGAGCGUGCUAAGCAAGGAAGUGAAGGAGCAGGCUCCUGCAUGACUUUCAAUACUCAUUUACAUCUACCAAUAUCUCAACAAAGACAAAGGCUACCGAUUGCUCGAUAUCGUGAACAAAUACUGUAUCUUGUCGAGAAAUAUCGCACUGUUGUCAUUGUUGGUGAAACCGGGAGUGGAAAAACAACGCAGAUCCCCCAAUAUCUUCACGAAGCCAACUGGACCGGUAAUGGAUACAUUGUGGCCGUUACUCAACCAAGAAGGAUAGCAGUCACUACAGUAGCGUCCAGAGUAGCUGAUGAGAGAGGAGUAGUGCUAGGCCAUGAGGUUGGAUACUCCAUCAGGUUUGAUGAUUGCACUGACAGCAAAGGAACUAGAAUAAAGUUCUUAACUGACGGCAUGCUAACAAGAGAAAUGAUGUGGGACCCUUUGCUAUUGAAAUACAGUGUUGUAAUGCUGGAUGAAGCUCAUGAGCGUAAUAUUAACACUGAUAUUGUCAUUGGUCUGUUAAAGAAAAUAAUGAAAAAGAGAGAUGACUUCCAUCUCAUCAUUUCUUCGGCUACCUUGGAUGCCGAAUUGUUUAAAUCUUAUUUUGAGACUAAUACGGAUAGGGCCGACCCCAGGAAGGACACUGCAGUUAUCAUGACUAUUGAAGGAAGAGCUUUUGACAUUGAUAUUCAUCACACGAAACUUCCUGUUGCUGAUUAUGUUAAGUCCACUGUUGACACAGCCCUGGCUAUACACAGAGAGGAACCAACUGGUGAUAUACUGGCUUUCCUCACAGGACAGGAAGAGGUGGAAACUGCUGUGAAGCUGUUGAAGGAACAUGCAGAAAGAGUAACUAAAGGAUUGCAACUACUCCCUCUUCCUCUUUACGGAGGAUUACCAUACUCAGAACAAAUACAAGUAUUUCAAAGGACACCUCCAAAUUCAAGGAAGGUUAUUGUUUCUACUAAUAUAGCAGAAACAUCAGUAACCAUCAACGGUAUUGUGUACGUAAUUGAUUGUGGAUUUGUAAAGCUAAAGGCAUUCUCUCCACAGACAUCACUAGAGUCACUGGUAAUAGUACCAAUAUCACAGUCUUCUGCUUUACAAAGGAGCGGUAGAGCUGGCAGAGUUCGCUCAGGGAAAGUAUACAGACUAUACACUGAGGAGUCAUACAGAGCUCUUGAUGUUACCACUGUACCAGAGGUUCAGAGAAGCAGCAUGGCUCCUGUCGUGCUCCAACUGAAAGCUUUAGGAAUUGAUAAUGUCUUAAGAUUCAACUACCUCUCUCCUCCUCCUGCUGAGUCUUUGUUACAAGGUCUAGAGCUGCUCUAUGCUCUUGGAGCAUUGGAUGAUGAAGGUAAACUGACCAACCCUCUUGGUAUGCAGAUGGCUGAGUUUCCACUCAAUCCCAUGUUUGCUCGAAUGUUAUUAUUAUCAGAGUCUUUUGGUUGCUCUGAGGAGAUAUUAACAAUUACUGCUAUGCUGCAAGUUAAUCAUGCAUUCCAUCAGCCAACAAGACAAAAAGCCAACGCUUCGCAAGCAAAGAGAAAGUUUUGCGUGUAUGAGGGAGAUCAUUUGACCCUACUUAAUGUCUACAAUGCCUUUAUCAGGUAUAAUCAAGAUCCAAGAUGGUGUCAGCAAAAUUUUAUACAUUACAAGAGCCUCUGCCAUGCUGUGAGCAUUAGAGAACAAUUGAAGAGGUUGCUUCAUAGAUUUAAGAUUAAAUUGGUAUCUUGUCAUGAUGAUCCUAUUCCAAUUCAAAAGUGUAUUGUGUCAGGAUUUUUUGUUCAUGCUGCAAGGCUUCAUUACACAGGAACAUGCUACAAGACUAUUAGAGGCAAUCACACUCUUCAUAUUCAUCCUUCAUCAAUACUGUUUGAGGAAAGAAGCCCUCAAUGGGUUGUGUUCAAUGAAGUCCUUCAGACAUCAAGCCUAUUCAUGAGGGAUGUGACUGUAGUUGAUCCAGAAUGGCUUUAUCAACUUGCACCACAUUUUUAUCAAUAUGGAACUGAAAGAGAAAUAGCAGAAUCAAAGAAGCAAAAGUUAGAGGAUUUGCCAGUUAUAACUUGACAGCCUUCAAAUGCUGUAUCUAUUUAUUUUAUUUUAUUAAAAUAACCAGAUUCUGCUGAGUCAUCCUGUAUUGCAUAUUAUAAA